CACGCUUGCGCCGUGAAAUGACGCUCCUUUUGCGAUUUGUAAUGUAAACUUGUAAACAUUUCCAUAAAAUCUAAGAAAUUGCUACUCAAUUAUUCACAGUAUGUGUUUUUAUCUACAAGUUAUUGGUUGUGGAGUGCAAUUCUAAAGAGUGCGAUCGUGAAAAUCAUUUCUUUUAGUGUGUAAAACUACCCUACCGGUACAACAAAAUGUCGGGGAAAGCAUAUACUAUGAAGGAAAUGAAAACUAUAGUAGAAUAUUUGGCAGAACGCAGAGCUUUUGCCGAAAUAAAGGGUAGGAAGAUGUGGAUGGAUUUUGCUAACUCAAAGUUGACAAAUCGAACGUGGCAAAGUCUGAAAGAGACAUUUCUGAAGAGAAUUCUUCCUGACAUCCACAACCCAUACUACAAACUGACUGUAGAUCAGAUCCGUUGCUUCAAAGAAGGGUAUGAUGUCAUAGCAAGAGAGAAAAGUAAUUUGGAACACCUUCAAUUAGAGGAUGCCUGGCCAACCAAGGCUGAAAAGGAAACAGAUACAGAAACUGAAAAACCAGGCACUAGUAAAGAUAACAACGGGGAGGCAGCAGGAGGUGAGGACACACAAUCUGCAAAAAUCCAAUCACACGACAGAGCAUCCGUCGACACCGUGAUUAUAGCCAACUGUUACGAAACCGACGACGAAUUGCGAAGGGUUUUAGAGUCAGACCUAUCGCCAAAGCCUAAUAAAAACCAAAACCGAGCAGCCAAUCCUCCAACUAAGUCAAUGCGAGAUUUAAUAACCUAUUCGGAGCCAUUAACGCCAAUGCUGCAAGAAGUUUUGAACGAUUUUGCAUCUGAAGACGAUUCGGACAGUGAACUUAGAAUGCACAUAGUCGAGCAUGAAGAACCAAUAAACAAUGUCAUUGAAAUUGAAGACUCAGAUGACAUAGGUGAUAAAGACAAAAAUGCAGCUAACAAGUCAAAAACGGACAAACCGACAGAAGACAAGAUAAAGGAAGAACCAACUGCAGAAGAUAAGUCAAAAAAGGAUACAACCCCAAAAGAUAAAGCUAAUGAAGACAAUCCAAGUAUUAUUCAAGCUAAUAAAGAUAUAGAGACAGACACAAAUGACGCGAAUGAGGUUAUAGAACAAGAAGUUUCUUCAGAAAGUAACAUAGAUAAAAACAAAACUGCAGAAAAAAAUAUCGAGACAGACAAAUCCGUAGGUGAUUCUUUAGACAAGGAUAAAACUAAUGAAAAAUCUGUUCAAAGUGAGUCUGAAAUAAGAAAAUCAGAUGAAUUUGUACAACCUAAAGUGUCAUCAUUGAAACUAAAAAAGCGAAAAGGUGUUACUGGUAACCCAGAUAAUAAAACUGACAAAACUGAUAAAGAUAUGUAUGAAAUAGUUGAACAAGACAUUCCAGAGAAAUCUAACGUCGAUACAUUGUCAAAUUAUGCUAAAAACAAAGAUGAAAUAGUGUCUUCUACUGUGUCUCAGAAGAACACUCAAAAUUCUUCAAACAGUGACACAAUUCUGCCAAAUAAUCAGGAAGCUCUAAAUAAUCCAGACAAAAGUGCAACCACUGUCGAUCAUACUCAAAAUGAUAACUCCAAAUCCUCUAAUAUUACUGAAGAGGCAGUGAAACUUAAAAAAAAUACGAGGAAGCGUGCCACUUCCCAAGACGUGGCAGCCACAUCAAAAACUAAAAAAGCUAAGACAAACGCUAAUGGUAAACAGAAAGCUGUAUCCGACACUGAUGAUGUUGUGAUGAAAAAGCUAAUCAAAUCUAAACUAGCAAAAACUAAACUAGAGCUCAAGAAGAAGAAUGUCAUUGAUGAAGUUGAGGAUCAAAUAGAAAAAGAGAAUGAAGUUAAUGGCAAUAGCAAAACUGAUGGUAAUGUUAUUGCAAAGGAAACUGCGUCUGAAGAAAUGCCAUCUACCAGUAAAGCUGUCAUAAGUUUGCAAGAUGCGUCAGAACUGAACCUUUGUUUGAAGAGCGUCAGCUUAUAUGAUGAAGAGUUCAAUAAAGUCAGUUACAUCGAGUCUGAAACGAAUGAGCAUGAAACUUCACCGGCUGAAAUGGCUGAAAAUAAAGCCUCUACAUCUGCUCAAAAUAAAGAUAACGCAAAGAAAUCUGCUACAGUAAAUGGCGGCGAAAAGGUGGUUCCUAAAACGACCUCAGAAGCGAAAGAAGAUGCAUCUAAGAAAAAAGGCUCUAUCGCUAGAAGUAUCGACGAAGUAGUAAUGCUCAAGUCACAUUCGGAAUCUGAUGACGAGUUCAUAGACCCGUCUCCAAAAAUCAAAGUCCCGGUUAGUCGAGCUGAGAAAAAAGCGCAAAAAGACAGCGCUUUGGAUAAUGUAUUUGGACUCCAAAGUGGUGGUACGAAGCGUAAGAAGCGAAUAAGUUACCGGAGAAACUCAAAACAUCAACGCCAUCACCAAGAGUCAAGUGACUCUAGCGAGUGGACUUCAGAGAGCGACAGCGAAUCCUACGUGUCGCCGCCCCGAGGACGGAAGAACAGGCAGACUAGGAAGUACUUAAAGCCACGCUCUGCUCGAAUACACUCCUUGGAGGACGACGGAGGCCUGUUCGUGAUGUACGGCAAGAAAAUAUACCCUCUAGUCAAAGAUGGAAACAUCAUCAAAAAUUAUCUCACGUAUUUACCAGAAAGCGAUCCCGAAGAAGAAGAGUCCUAUUGGAAAUUAAAAUAUGUUGAAGAAAGGAAACGUGUUGCCGAAUUGAAAAAAUUGAUAAAUGAAAAGAAAGAAGAAGUUGUCAGGGAAAAAUCUCCCAUUUUGCCUGCAAGGCCUCGCAAUCUGUCGACACUUCAAGUUCAAUCGCCACUUAAAAAUAUAAACAGCAGUAAGUACUUCAAUAGCAUAGAUAAUAAUGUUCAGUCGGCAGCACUUCAAGUCUAUACAUUUUUGAUAACUGGUCCCUAUUACAACGACAUAGGAUGCCACAGUGUUAAGCUUGAUGUGCCGUCGCCCGUACUUUAUUUUAUGUGUAUUCCAGACAUAGAAAUGGCGCGCGCUCCACAAAAAGAAACCAAGGAGACUCCAAGUGAUACGGGGAAAAUACUUAAAAUCAAAUUCGCUAAAGACAACCAUGAGGUUCUCGUCGAAGGUCACUGGUCUCAAAUCCAUCCGAUGCUAGCGGACGUGGUGCAGAUAUUCAACAAGAAAUCAGACGCCCCGUCCACCACAACCAGAUCGACGACGCCCCAGAGGCCGGCAACGCCCCAAAGACCCACAACGCCCCAGAGACCCGCAACGCCGCAGAGAGUGGCUACGCCCCAAAUAUUGUCGCCGCGUAAACCGCACGCGACGUAUAGGCCGGCCUCGGGUAAGAAAACAGCAAUGGUCCGCAAAACGACGUCUCAAGCGAUGGAGACCGUAUCUCUAUCGAGCGAAGCGCCCACCCCAGACGAAGGUAUUCCCAGGAUAGAGACCCUAGAAAAGGUGAAUAAACUAGAGACGGAAAUAUUCAAAGAGAUAGAAAAGAUAGAUAAAGAGAUAGAUCAAGAGGAAGAUGUGGAACAACCAAAAGAGCAGUCGCAAAAUAAUGUCACCACUAGGAAAAGAGCGAGCAGGACUCGCAAAUCUUCAUCCACUCGGGCUUCAGCGUCUCUCUCUCCCAGCUCGACUCGAAGCCCUAAACGUCAGAAAACAUCAUCUGACGCACCCCAGGAGACCGAAGCUCCACCCAAGAAAGCUAAGAACAAAAGCAGUUCCAAAACGGAGCUCAAGGAAACCAAACAAUCUGAUGCAAAGGAAACAGUUGAAGCUGUUGACAGCACGACUAGUGUUACGUCAAAAAAGGAAUCACCAAAGAAAACUGGCACCGGUAAGACACCAAUGUCAACUGAUCUUCAAAACCAAGAUAAGUUGUUCUUCGCAACUCUUAUAGCCUGCAUUUUGUUCCCAGUUGCUGUGCUCACAGAAUAUAACACCAGAUCCAACAGCAGGAAGUCCAAAGCGCCAUCAGUGGAGACACGGGCCAGCAGUUCUCAUGACACCUCCCGUGAGCCUCGCUACAUGUUCCCGGCAACCACACGCUCCAGGAAAUCGCACAACCACAGCAAAUCUAAAGACAAGAACAAACGCUUGGCUAACCUACCCGAGACAUUCUGCUUGCCAAUCAUAAACGACGAAAGCACUCAAGGCUACCAAGACUCGGACAUUAGUCCUCCAAAAGCAAACCAUAGACGAAAAAGAAAGUUAAGUCUCUCCACAGUUCUGUACAGAAGCAAAAACAAAAUGCAUCGCGUUAAAAGAAAAUCUUACCCAUGUAUUACAGAAGAGGGAUCUAGCGACACAAGUAGCGCUUUCCAGAUCAUAGUACGACCUACAAGUAACAGCAGCCUUAAAUCGGAAGCAUACAAGACAGAUUCCUACCAAUUGUUAUUUCCGCAAACCAAAAAUGUAUUUAGACAGCUUGAGAAAAUUGAUGAAAAUACUCCUGCUCCAAAUAAUAGUUUGCAUCCGAACAGACACCCUGCUCUAGAUGGAAGACAGCUAGAAGUACGUAUAAAGAGAUUGAGCGACGAAUUCCUUACUUGUUAUUCAAACGGAAAUACAGAUGGUAACUCUAGUAAUGUAUCUCUGCCUAUGUCUCCAGAGUUAUCGAUUGUAGAAAACUUGUCUGUCAGCAAAGAAUUGGUAAACAGUAUCGAGAAUUAUCCCACCAUAAAUGAGAUGCAGGCAAACAGUACGAGCGAUAAGGUGGUUCAUAAUAAAUAUUUAAUGUCUGAAAUCGAUGUCAGCAUGCCUCUGAUGCAACAAGAGUGUGGACUUCAUGAAAGUAUCGAGAGGAAAAGAAAACAGUCCGGUCAUGAUCACACAAAAAUGUCUUUGGUAUCGGACUCACUGCUUAAUAAAAUCGACACCGUUAAUAUUGAAGAUGCUCCUUCUCUAUCGGAAUCACUAGAUGCCAGGCUUAGGAAUUUGUUACUGGAAAGUGCUAAGAAAAUGUCCAUAUCUUCUAUAAAAGAAGAAGAUCGUAACGUAGAGACAACUGGUGCUAAAGAGGUGCAGAAGAAAGAGAAGUCAAAAAAGCGAUGUUCAACGCCUCGAAAAAAGAGGGAACCUAAAAAGCCAAAGGUACCGACAGUAGAUCCUGUUGUGGAGGAAGAAAUAACGGAGACCUGUUCAUACGGUGGCAGAAAGUCUUGCCCGCCUGUCAUCCAGAUUAUAAGCGAUAGCGCUACGCAUAAGGAAAAUACGAUUGUCAAUACUGAUAAGGAUAAAGUAGUCGCCGAAAAUAGCAAAGGAAGGAGAAAGAAAGACGUCAUAAAAGUUAAAAUACUGAGACCAAGGAACAAAAGUCGGUCUAGAAGUCCAGAGCCCACACAGAAUAUUAGCAAAACUACUCUACACACAGAUAGUGGUAUUCAUGAAUCUGGUUUAACGGUUCAGGGUUUGAACGAUAGCAUUGACCUGAUACAUAACCACUCGGAGACGUGUCUCCUGGCCAACGAAUGUAUGGGCGAUAGCGUAGAGUUUAUUGAAACGAACACAAAGUCAAUCAUAUCGUUGAACUCUGAUUCAGCAACAUCAUCUGAUAAAGUUUCUCUCAAGAAUCGUCUAGUGUUCCAAGACUGUCAAGAUUUCGUACCGGAUCUAUUCUGUGAGAAUGCUCAAAGCUUCUGUCGCAUUGACUAUGUUUCAGAUUCAGCCAAACAUAAGGAUAAUGCAAGCGACACAGUGUACCACAGUCCUGUGGUGAGCGAGCUCUCUAUCAACAGCCUCAUCACCGAAGAUCUUUCCGACGAAACGCCCCAGAGCUCGCAACCUUCGAAGUGGUAUCUCCUCAGUGAAGACGAAACUACCAAUACCAACCUCAGCCCUGCACAAAGCGUGGGUGCCAAUUUAAAACAAAUAUUCCCCGUUACUUGCGCAGUACCAGACCUAUCGACUAUCACAGAGAACUCGAAUGAUAUUAGCAGAAAGCGUACCACGGACAGCGCCAAUAGCACUAAAUUAGAUUUUAAUUCUCCAAAUGUAUUUGAUAUGAAUUCUUGCUAAGUUAUUUAAUGAUAUGAUUGUAAUGUAGCGCUGAGCGCAGCUAGAAUAAUUGAAUAAUAGUAAUUGAUUGAUAAUAUUGUAAUGUUUAUGCAAAUAGUAAUAUAAUUCAUGAUUCCAAUUA